GCUGUGAGGACUCAAACCCAGGCCCGAGCUCCCUCCCUUUCUCCCUCCUCCUUCGUUCUCUGCGCCGCCGCCGGGCAGAGGUGGGGGUCUUGGAACAGGCCUAGGGGCUCAGCACCAUGGCCACGCUGAGCGUCAAGCCCAGCCAACGCUUCCAGUUGCAGGACUGGCAUACCAACAGCUACCUGUUGUCCACCAACGCUGAGAGGCAGCGAGAUGCGUCGCACCAGAUCCGCCAGGAGGCCCGGGUCCUCCGCAAUGAGACCAACAACCAGACCAUUUGGGAUGAACACGACAAUAGGACUCGACUGGCAGAGAGAGUUGAUACAGUCAACCGGUGGAAGGAGAUGCUGGACAAGUGUCUGACAGAUUUAGAUGCAGAGAUCGACGCCCUGACACAGAUGAAGGAGUCAGCAGAGCAAAACCUGCAGGCCAAGAACCUGCCCCUGGAUGUGGCAAUCCAGUGCCUGACCCUGCGGGACAGUCGGCGUGACAUCGAUGUGGUGAAGGACCCUGUGGAGGAAGAGCUGCACAAAGAGGUGGAAGUCAUUGAGGCCACCAAGAAGGCCUUGCAGCAGAAGAUUAACCAGACCUUUGAGAAGCUCUGCCUCCUGCAGGAAGUCCGACAGCAGCUCAACUCUGACCAUCGGGGCAAAAUGGAGACAUUGGACAUUGACAGAGGUUGCCUCUCUCUCGACCUCAAGUCCCCAAACAUCUCUCUGAAGAUUAAUCCCACACGUGUCCCCGAUGGCUCCUCCACACUUCAAGAGUGGGAUGAAUUUAGUCGGUUCAACAAGAACCGGGCAGAGGCUGAGAUGAAAGAAGCCACAGACCUGAGGGAGGCCAUCGCCCUCACUAUUGCUGAGACCAACAAUGAACUUGAAGCCCAGAGGGUUGCAACGGAAUUUGCCUUCAGAAAGCGGCUGCGGGAGAUGGAGAAAAUGUACAGUGAGCUCAAGUGGCAAGAGAAGAAUACUUUGCAGGAGAUCGCUGACCUGCAGGAGGACAUCCGGCACCUGGAGGAAGAUCUGCGCAGAAAGUUCCUGAACCUGAAGCUAUGCCAUACUCGGCUCGAGUCCAGAACCUACCGGCCCAAUGUGGAACUCUGCCGGGACCAGGCACAGUAUGGCCUCACUGACGAGGUUCACCAGUUAGAAGCAACCAUUGCCGCCCUGAAGCAGAAGUUGGCACAAGCACAGAAUGCUCUGGAUGCCCUGUACAAGCACCUGGCCCGGCUGCAGGCUGACAUCGCCUGCAAGGCCAACUCCAUGCUGUUGGACACCAAGUGCAUGGACACUCGCCGGAAGCUGACUGUGCCAGCCGAGAAGUUUGUGCCUGAGGUGGACACCUUCAACCGCACCACAAACCGUACCCUGAGUCCACUCAAAAGCUGCCAGCUGCAGCUAGCCUAGCCUUGGAGGCUGAGCGGGGAGGGG